UCCCAUCUCCCCCCCAAAAAGUUUGAGUUGCUGCUUCCAGGUUGCGAGCGGAGUCCGGCUUCGGGAGCUAAGUAGGACAGAGAAGUCAUGGCUUCUCCGUCCAAAGGCAACGACCUGUUUUCGUCCGAUGAGGAGGGCCCGGCUAUGGUGGCCGGGCCGGGCCCGGGGCCCGGGGGCGCCGAGGGGGGCGCAGAGGAGCGCCGCGUCAAAGUCUCCAGCCUGCCCUUUAGCGUAGAGGCGCUCAUGUCGGACAAGAAGCCGCCCAAAGAGGCGUCCCCGCGGCCGGCGGAAAGCGCCUCUGCUGCGGCCACCGUGCGGCCGCUGCUGCUGCCGGGACACGGUGCCCGGGAAGCGCACAGCCCCGGGCCGCUGGUCAAGCCCUUCGAGACUGCCUCGGUCAAGUCGGAAAAUUCGGAAGACGGAGCGACGUGGAUGCAGGAACCCGGCAGAUAUUCGCCGCCGCCAAGACAUAUGAGCCCCACCACCUGCACCCUGCGGAAACACAAGACCAAUCGGAAGCCUCGGACGCCCUUCACCACGUCCCAGCUCCUGGCUCUGGAGCGCAAGUUCCGGCAGAAACAGUACCUCUCCAUUGCAGAGCGCGCAGAGUUCUCCAGCUCUCUGAACCUCACAGAGACCCAGGUCAAAAUCUGGUUCCAGAACCGUAGGGCCAAGGCGAAAAGACUGCAGGAGGCAGAACUGGAAAAGCUGAAAAUGGCUGCCAAACCCAUGCUGCCCUCUGGCUUUAGCCUCCCUUUCCCUAUCAACUCGCCUCUGCAAGCAGCGUCCCUCUACGGGGCCUCCUACCCUUUCCAUAGACCUGUGCUCCCCAUCCCGCCCGUCGGACUCUAUGCCACACCAGUGGGAUAUGGCAUGUAUCACUUAUCCUAAGGAAGACAAGAUCAAUAGACUCCAUGAUGGAUGCUUAUUUUUAAAAGGGUUCCCCUCUCCAAGCACGCAGUACCAACCAAGUGCUCCUGCAAACCCUGCCCUGUGCACCACCCUAAGCAGCCAGGCUGACAGGGCUCCAUUAUAUAGUUUGAAUUGAUGUUGUUUAGGCUAGAGGCACCAAGCCCUGUUUUUUGGUGUACUCUUCCAGACACCCCAUUCUCCUUCCGCAAAGAUUGGCUCUGACAGUUUAUAUAUAUAUAUAUAUAUAUAUAAUACAUUUUUAUAGAGC